AUGCCUCGUAAGAAGCAAAAGGGCCCUUCGGCCCGCGCUCAUCACGCUGGCGGGCCUCCUAAGCCAGGGCCUACUCCAGCGACAUCAAAGCCCAAGAAUAAGGGUUUCAAGCAAGACUCUAAGCAAGGGGGUGUUGGAAAGGAUGCAAAUCUGAAAAACCAGCCGAUUCAGGCUAAUCAGCGACCGAUUGUGCCCUUUCUCAGAGGUGAUCGUAUUUUGUUGAUCGGAGAAGGCGACUUUUCCUUUGCCCGCUCCCUAGCAAAGCAGUAUAAAUGUCGCAAGCUAUGCGCCACUUGCUAUGACUCAAAAGAGACUCUUCUCGACAAAUAUCCCCAAGCAGAGCAGCACAUCCAAGACAUUCUAGAAACAUCUAAAUCAUCCACGGCCAAUCCAAAGACUGUAAACCCAACUACGGCCAAACAGGAUUCCACCACCCAAAACCAACCGCCGGAGCACUCGCCGAGCUCCAAACCUACCGGCCCCAAAGUCCUCUUCUCCGUCGACGCGCGCAAGCUCGGCGCCGCAGCCGGCGGAGGCAAAGACAUCCGCACCGGCUUCCCGCGCAAAGAGCGCAAGCGACCAGCCUGGAAAGUCCAGACGCAGCCGGCGCCGGCACCAGUGCCGAGCGGGCCAUGGGACGUCAUCUGCUUCAACUUCCCGCACGUGGGUGGGCUGUCGACGGACGUAAACCGACAGGUGCGGUCGAACCAGGAGCUGCUGGUAGCCUUUUUCAAAGCGUGCGUACCGCUGUUGUCAGCGGCGCCAAAGCCCGCGGAUUCGGACGAUGAAUGGGACGAGGAAGAGGACGACGAUGAGAGCUCUGGUGAUGAGGAAGAUCUGGAUGGUGAGGGUGAGGAUGCGCAGACGAGUGGAAAGGCUGUGCGCGAGGGCCCGGGCCAGAUCUUGGUAUCGCUCUUCGAGGCGGAGCCGUAUACACUCUGGAACGUCAAGGACUUGGCGCGGCACGCGGGGCUGCAGGUUGUAACGAGUUUCCGGUUUCCAUGGGCGUCGUACGAGGGUUACUCGCAUGCGCGCACACUGGGAGAAGUAGAAGGGAAAAGCGGAGGCCGCGGGGGAUGGAGGGGUGAGGACCGUGAUGCACGGAUGUAUGUAUUCGAGGUGAAGCGGCAAGCCGAGCAGACGGGGAAGAAGAAGAAGCGGGCGAGAGAGAAUGAUAGUGACAGCGAGUAG